GGGAGGAGGGAGGGCGCGCAGUCCCAGCCCAGAGCUUCAAAACAGCCCGGCGGCCUCGCCUCGCGCCCCAGCCCGUCCGUCGGUCCAGCCGCCUGCGCCCGCAUCUCUCUCCCUCUGGGCUUUCAGCACACCCCCUCGCCCCACCGUGCCCUGUGAAAAUGUUGGUGCUCCUGGCUUUCAUCAUCGUCUUCCACAUCACCUCUGCGGCCUUGCUGUUCAUCGCCACCAUUGACAAUGCCUGGUGGGUCGGAGAAGAGUUUUUUGCAGAUGUCUGGAGAGUCUGUGUCAACAACACAAAUUGUACAGAAAUCGAUGCCAACUAUAAGGAUUAUUCCACGGUGCAGGCGGUCCAGGCCACCAUGAUCCUGUCCACCAUUCUCUGCUGCAUCGCCUUCCUCAUCUUUGUCCUCCAGCUCUUCCGCCUCAAGCAGGGAGAGAGGUUCGUGUUAACCUCCAUCAUUCAGCUCAUGGCAUGUCUGUGUGUCAUGAUAGCAGCGUCCAUUUAUACGGACCGGCGCGAAGACCUCCACAGGAACAACGUGGAGCUGUACUCGCUGACCUCGGACGGCAGAUACGGCUACUCCUUCAUCCUGGCCUGGGUGGCCUUCGCCUUCACCUUCAUCAGCGGCCUCAUGUACCUGAUACUGAGGAAGCGCAAAUAGGACCCCCGGAGCCAGGUGGCGUUUGCCGCAGUAUCGAAUCCACAUCCAGAUAACCGUUUUGUAUAUAAUCAACUGUGUGUGUGUGUGUGGUUUUUCUAGCAAACAUAUCGUUUCCUUUAAGAGCCGAAAAAAACGAAACAAGAAAAAGAAAAAAGAGAGAGACGGAGAAGAGUUUUUGCGUUCUUGAGAUCAGGGAGAGAAUAGGCGAUGAAGGCUGGGACCAGAAGUCCUGCCCAUCCGAAAGUCUCAACAAGAAAGAGCCAGAAAUCCAGCCCUGCUCAAAUCCAACAGUGUUCGGCGGGACAUUUCUAGACCAUGGCGAUGCACUGUGAAGUGAUGUGGCACCAGGUCUCAGGGGACAUCCUCCCCUGGGUUGGAGGUGGGGUGAGGGGGCUCCGGGUGAGGAACCAAGCCUCAGGCCUCCUCAGAUGUUUAGCCAAGUUCCAUGUGAGAGACCGGUGUGUGGACCCUGCUGCUCUGUCUGUAUCCAGACCAGAGCCCCAGCCCUCCAGUGACGGGCCGGUCCAGAAAAUCGCCACCCAUGUUUGCUGAUGGUGUUUCCUGCUUGUCUUAGGGAAGGUGACCUUAAAGGGGGGGGUCAGAUUGAGGCUCACCCUAAGGCAAAGAGUCUCAGCAUGUGAUCAUGGCAACCUAGCAGGGAGCAGAUGGCCGGGGCCCCUCCCUGGACCUACAGAAUCACCGUCUGCAGGGACGGGGCCUGGGAACCUGCAUUUCUAACAAGGUCCUUGCAUUGUUGCUGAGGACCGCAGCCCCAGGGCGGGGGAAGGAGAGCUGCUUCGUAAAACGGUAAAGAUCUUGUCGUGUUGAGGUGGCGAGGGGCUGGCCGCCUCCGGCCUCCAUCGGCUCUUGUCCUUUCCCCAGCGGCUCACACGUGGGCCCUGUGUCCCAGCUGCGCCCAGGCCGCGUGUCCACACAGCCAGACAGCCUAAGGCUGCUUUCUCCUCCUGUAAGUGGGAAGGCCGUGCCUUCCUCCUGCCCUGCCUUCUCAGGCCGGCUGGCCUCCACUCACCCCCGUUUCUAGAACCUCAGCGGGCCCACCCACCAUGCAUUCAUUCAUCAGCAUAAAUCACAGACCACUUGGUGCGUGCGGGGCCCAGGGCACACCAAGUGGGGACAGUCUCCUCGGGGACUCCCCAUCCGAUGGAGGGGGCAGAUUGAAAACCGCUUAGGAAAACGAAUCACAAAGUGUGAUGCAGCCCACAGAGAACACAACGCAGGGUUCAGAGGACGCCCGCCAACGGAGGCAGCCUGCUUUGGUCCUGCCUGUUUGUAAAUGCUCCUGGAGGCACUUAGAUCUGCUGAAAUGUCUCUCCAGUCAGCUGCAGAGCGCCUUGGUCAGAUGGCGGGGUCUGCUUACACUUUUGUGGAGGGUCCCGGAGUCCUGCCUGCAGACGCAGCCAAGAGAGGCUUCCGGACUCUUGACCUUCAUGCGCACAGUGCCACCUGGGGAGCGUGCUUCGGUAGGGUCCCUGUGACCAGCGCGCCAGGUGACUCCGACUCUCUCCGGAAUAGGGCCGCAGGGCAUUUGUCUUCGGGGCGGCGCAAGCACUGUGCGUGUGGCAGGUGACCCAGGGAAGUGCUUCUGGAGGAAGUUCUCUGCCCCUCUCUGUAGCCUCUGUGUUUGGGGCACACUGCCGGGGACAUGUGCCUGGGGCCCCGUGGGGGCCCAUCUGCCUCAUCACCGGGCUGGCACUUCGACCCUCUGCUAAGUGGAGCGAUGAUUGUCACAUCCCAGUUCCCGUGGAGCUGGGAAGAUGCCCGGGCCUGGUUUUAGGGCCGCCACGGACGCCACUGUGGGAUUGGGUUUUCUCUCCACCUGCUUGCUCGUUUUCAACCCCAUGUUAAAUGCUUACUAUGUGCCAGGCACUGUGUGAGGCUCGCAAAACCCAGGGUGAGCAAAUUCAGAAUCCUCUUUGAGACAGGAACUCUUCGUGGAGGGACCACCAGCACAGCGACACAGGGACAGACGCAGUGUCCCCUCUUGCCUCCAUGGAAAACCUGGUGUGAGUAUGAGUGGGGGGUCACACCUCCCGGGUUUGCAAGAUGCUACAUGAGCCUCAAGGCGGAAGGUGGGGAUCCGUGUGCCCCAGGGCUUUCUACCCAGGUGGCUUUUCUAGAAUUUUCUAGUAACCACAGUGGGAACAAACGAGUCGUAGAGCCCCCAAUCUGGAAAGCCUACUCCCAAGCAGUGUGUGAAUUUCCUUCCCCCAAACUUCAGGGGGUACGUGAGGAUCUGAAGGGACCCCAUGGAUUUCCCCGGCUGGUCACCACCCCUGAGGGGCACCUUCGGUGCUCACAUCCAUCUGUGACACCCAGGUUUUGUCAAAGAGAGAUGCUUCCUCCUGCCAUGGUGUGACAUGUGUCGGGAACGUAAGAGGCGAUAGCAUGAGGAAGAAAAUGCCCACCUUCUUACCCGUAGACAGAACCAGCCCUCACUCGGUGCUCAUUGUCAGUUAUUCAAGAACAAACCCAACAGAGAAAAUUAGCUGAGAUGUCCAAGAAGCAACAAUUAGGACCAAAAGUAUGACUCGUGACAACUGUAUUUGAAGGAACUGUAGUUUGCGCAUUUUAGAACAUUUUUAUGAAGUACUGUAAUUCUUCCCUGGAGGGGCUAUGGAUGGAGACAGACUAACUUGUUUUGUUACUUGCAUUAAAAUUCCUUUGGGUCUCUGUUCA